UAUUUUAUAAGUAACUCAAGUCCAAACAUCCAUAAUAGUAUUCCUAUUUUCCCCACAACCACCACCCUGUGAAGUGAGUUGGGCUGAGAUUGUGUGACUGGGCCAAAGUCACCCAGCUGGCUUUAAUCCCCAAGGCAGGACUAGAACUCAUGGGUCUCCUGAUGUAAGCCUGAUGCCUUAACCACUAGGCCAAACUGCUUCUACUAAGGUUUCAACAACAACAAGAAGUAAAGGUGAAGCACCGAGAAAGGUAUUCUUGCUGUAAACAUUUAAUGACAGUUGCACUCAGCAGAAUGGGAUGCGCGCUACAGUAACCAUCCAAGUUGCAACAUUAAUUGCACUUUACCCAAAAGGGAAAAUGACAUUCUGUACGAAAAGCUUAGCAGAAACAUGCCCGUACCAUGCCUCAACGCAUUGAAUAACAGAGUGGGAACUCCGUCAGCUCAGGGGAUCCCUAAAACGAAGAGCCCGAAUAGCAAAAUAGGGAACUUAGGGAAAUCCUGCGCCGUUCUGCGAGUGGUCGGAGAGGGGGACCCCAAGCUUCCCCCCACCUCAUUUUGUCUUUCACGGAAAAAGAAAUCUCCCUCUUCGCGCCACGCGUAAAACGUCGCUAACUGAGCUGCAGUCUAUUAAGCAACCGCGGUUUGUUUAGUUCGCACAAGGACCCACAAACUCAGCCGCUGUAGAGCGUGGCGCAAACCCGGACUGCGUUUGUUUGGGAUCGUGAAAAACGAGAUUCGACAGGACUGCGAGAAUUCGGCAGAAAUAAAAAUAAAAAAUAAAAAUAAUUAGGACGAACCAAAUUUAAGAUGGGGGCAGAAAAUCGACAGGGGCUUCACUGCAUUUUUCUCUCGCGUCUACCUAAAACAACAACCAGGAAGCUAAAGACGCGCCAACGUUCACCCUCUUAAAGUUCCCAGGUAGGCCGAGGCGACCCGUCUCGCUCCCUCAGGUAGACCAACCAACCCAGCCACAAAAGCUCUCAGGACCCGAAGAGAAAACAAAACGCCUUCCCAAACCUCCCGACGCAAAAGGCAAUGGAACAGACCGGCCAACGCCAACAGUAACUUUCUCUCACGGCUCAUUUACAAGAGUGGGCGUGACCACAGGAGCAACGGCUCGCUCUCCCUCCCUCCAAGAAGCCAGCUAAGUGGAAUCGGCGGGGCAGGACUUGAUCUGCUCAACUUCGUGGUGAUAGGUCACGCUCAGGAAGAAAAGGGGCGGUCCCGAAGUAACCGGCCCGUUUGCCAGUUGGUGAAGCCGGAGAGUUUGUUCGAGGAGAGUUGUCCUUAAACCAAGCCGGGGAUUGCGAUUGGGCCAGGGCUAGUAGUGGGCGUGUCUCGGCGGCUACCGCGGCCUCCGCGGGUGUGGAUGGCGGGUGAGGAAGAACUAGGGUGUCUGCAUCUCUCGGCGGUAGUCUCGCGAGGCAGCGCAAGCGGGAUUUGGCGGCGGCUGAGGCUGCUGCCUGCUUGCCUCCCUCCCACCCUCCUAACGAAGAACUGGUGGUGUUUGUGUGGAAGGGGGAGGAGGCGACAGCGGAAGAGAAGGAAGGAAAACCAGAGGAGCCUGAGUCCCACCGACGUCGGGCAGAGGAGUGGACUCGAGGCCCUGUGCUAGGCUUGGGCCCACCGCCGCCGCCACUGGCGGCUCAGCCACCAUGGCCUCAGGAGAUACCCUGUACAUUGCCACAGAUGGCUCGGAAAUGCCCGCCGAGAUCGUGGAACUGCACGAGAUCGAAGUGGAGACCAUCCCAGUGGAGACUAUUGAGACCACUGUGGUGGGCGGCGAGGAGGACGAGGACGAUGAAGAGGAGGAUGAGUGUUGCGAGGACUGCGGCCCUCAUCACCCGCCCCACCGCCGUCACCACCACCACCACCAUCAUCACCACCACCCUCCCAUGAUCGCCUUGCAGCCGCUGGUCACCGACGGCGACCCGAGUGGCGGCGGAGUCGGGGCCGGCGGGGGCCAGCUCCACCUGCACCACCACCCGCACCAUCAGGAGGUGAUCCUAGUGCAGACUCGCGAGGAGGUGGUAGGAGGCGACGACUCGGACGGUUUGCGGGCCGAUGACGGCUUCGAGGACCAGAUUCUCAUUCCAGUGCCGGCUCCGGCCGGUGAGGAUGAGUACAUCGAGCAGACUCUGGUCACCGUUGCGGCUGCCGGUAGUAAAGGCGGCUCGGGCGGAGGUUCUUCCUCUGGCGGUGGCCGGGUAAAGAAAGGCGGCGGGAGCGGCAAGAAGAGCAGUAAGAAGAGUUAUUUGACGGGAGGCGGCGGCGGAGCCGAAGGGGGCGGCGGCGCCAGGAAAUGGGAACAGAAGCAGGUGCAGAUCAAGACCCUGGAGGGGGAGUUUUCAGUCACCAUGUGGGCCUCGGAUGACAAAAAAGACAUUGACCAUGAGACUGUGGUGGAAGAACAGAUCAUUGGCGAGAAUUCCCCUCCUGACUACUCUGAAUACAUGACGGGAAAGAAGCUACCACCUGGAGGAAUACCUGGGAUUGAUCUUUCUGAUCCUAAACAAUUGGCUGAAUUUGCCAGAAUGAAACCAAGAAAAAUCAAGGAAGAUGAUGCACCAAGAACGAUAGCAUGUCCUCAUAAAGGCUGCACAAAGAUGUUCAGGGAUAAUUCGGCCAUGAGGAAGCAUCUACAUACUCAUGGGCCUCGGGUACACGUCUGUGCAGAAUGUGGAAAGGCCUUUGUUGAGAGCUCAAAGCUAAAGAGGCAUCAAUUAGUUCAUACUGGAGAAAAACCCUUUCAGUGCACAUUUGAAGGCUGUGGCAAACGCUUUUCACUGGACUUCAAUUUACGCACACAUGUGCGAAUUCAUACUGGAGAUAGGCCCUAUGUGUGCCCUUUUGAUGGCUGUAAUAAGAAGUUUGCUCAAUCAACUAAUCUGAAAUCUCAUAUCUUAACACAUGCUAAGGCCAAAAACAACCAGUGAAACUGCAAGAAGAAAGCUCUUGAACUCAAAACAUCUUUUACCUUACAGGAGAAUGGUUGAAAAUAAAUAAGCUUCCCCCUUUGUAUAUUGUUUCUAGGAAAGAAUUUAAAAAAACACAAAAAAUGAACCUUACAUGCCUAAGGGACUUGUUUUUGAUAAAGUAGCAAAAUAAACUUUAAGGCAGCAUUGCUCCAAUGCUCCAUUUUGCUCUGUAAUUUGGUUUCAAGAGCAUGGUGUUUUUGUAAAGUGUGAUCCUACCUGGAAGAGACAGACAAUUCGUGGACUUGCAUCAAAGACAGUUCUUUCUACAAACAGUGCUAAAAUUGGACUUUUCACAUUGUUAUAAAUAUGAUGCUCACCUGUUGCUUACAAUUUUUUAAUUUUGUAUUUUCAAAGUGUGCAUAUUGUACACUUUUUGGGGAUAUGCUUAGUAAUGCUAUGUGUGAUUUUUUUCUGGAGGUUGAUAACUUUGCUUGCAGUAGAUUUUCUUUAAAAGAAUGGGCAGUUACAUGCAUACUUCAAAAGUAUUUUCCUGUAAAGAUUAAAAAAAAGUUAUAUAGGUUUUGUUUGCUAUCUUAAAUUUUUUUUGGUUGUAUUCUUUGAUGUUAACACAUUUUGUAUAAUUGUAUCGUAUAGCUGUAAUGAAAUCAUGUAGUAACAAAUAUUAGAUGUGAUUUAAUAGUGUUAAUCAACUUAAACCCAUUUUAGUCUCUUUUUUUGGGAAAAAUACUGCCAGAUGCUGAUGUUCCGUGUACUUUCUCUUUGCCUGUUCAGUUAAGGAAAGUGGUGCUCAGUUGUAGAAUGUAUUGUACAGGCACUGACCUUUUAACAACACCUGAUAUGUACAUCCCGUGUAAUAGAGUGGGCAACAAUAAAACAGUGGUCCUGAAGAAUAUGGCAGAAAAUUAUCUGUAAGCACAGCCUAUUUUCUUCUGUUGUCCAAAACAAAUUAUAGUUCUUUAACCUCCCAGAAAUUAGAAGAUAAAUAAAACUCAAGUUACCUUUACUUGUUUUUGCCUUCAAUUAGAUUUUUUUUAUUUUUAAAAAAACAUAAGUGUGCUUGUCUUCUGCAUAGCAUUCCAUUAAAUGAGUAUGGAGUUCUGGUUUAUCCAGAUAAUAAUGGAUUUUCCUGAAGUAAAAUUUCAAGUUUUAUUGGAUUCCUUCCAGGAUUACGUAAGCAAACAUUUGCUGUGGGAUUUCCCAUUCCUUUUAUUCUACCUUCAACCUCUCAGAUAAUGCUCCACAGGGUCUCCACCUUCAAGAACAGAUCUGAUGAUUGCAAGAAAAAAGAGAUUAUGUUUUCAGCAGAUCAUUCUUGGCAGAUACUGUGGAAUAUACUCAUAUUCCCUGCAAUCAGUGAACGAUGGGACAGGGUAAUUCAUGGAAUGCUGUUGCUUUAAGGUAAGGUGGUAUCAGCUGAAUCAAUUGUAUGGUAUGAUACACUGGGCUUGUGAAUUCUAACAUAUCUAUGUAAUUGAGAGAUCUCAGAUGAAAGCUGGUAUUUAGCAUUAGAAUACUUUGGAUUGAAUUACAUUAGAAUAGCUGUUCUAUGCAGAGCAUGUCUAUUGUUAAAAAAAACCCAAAUUUAUAACCAGCCAACUGAGUUUCUGGGUUAAGGAAAUAAUACUUUCUUCACAUUAAAAAACCUGUUUUGGAUAA